CGCACCAAGAUCCCCAGCCGUCGAUCUUCAUAUGGCGUCAAGGUGUUCAUCCUUUCCAGCAUCCAGCUUCACGUAAUCAUAUCCUGAUUGGCUGCAAACCGGCCUUGGAUGGGAAGGCUGAGCAUUGGCGCUGAGACAUUCCUGGACACCAUCUUGUUUGCUAGGCAGCUUGUGUGACAGCUUCACAUAUUUAUAUUAUCUUUAGCUGACGCUGUAGCCUCGUCUUCUCUCCUUCAUUCUUCAUCUUUUUGAUGGCAAACUCCUGUAUCUCGUUUUGACUUGCUUUCCAGCGCGAUGCCACAAACCAAGUUCUACGGCUCCCAAGUCGGAGGCUCGCCCGUGAUUUCGCACUCCUAUACAGGCAGCCCCCUCACGCUCCUCCGCCACGACAUCGCGUCCGCGUUCUCAUUCUCCUUGUUUCUGCCCUUCAUCGUGUAUCCCAUGAAUCCUCUGCGUUCUGGUCAUUUGUGCGAAUUAUACCCCUCAUUGGCGAAUUUAUGGAGCAUGUUUUUGCAUGUUCUUUUGAUCGUGUUGCAAUUACCGUUUUUGCUGUCUAUUCCGUUUUGGAUCUUCUUGCCGGUUUGGGUGGUGGUUUUGGGGUUGACGGGAUUUCUGGUGGUUAAUCAGGGGAUUUGGUGGCUAUUGAAUGGGUCGAGGAUGGAGUAUCCUUCGAAUCCGGCUUAUGCGAAGAAGGACGGACAUGAGCAUGAGCAGUGGAUAUUCUUGAAUGGUGUUGCUGUUGGGAAACAUUGGCUCCAAAGCAACGUCGACCGUCUAGCCCUCACGUUUGGCCGUCCAGUCCUAGGCGUCCACAACAAAACCAACGGAAUCCUCUUCGACGUUCUACAAUGCCUCAUCCAACGCAACUUCAACUACGCAACAUCCGACAUCCGCGCCUGCUACGCCAUCGUCAAAGAAACGCUCUACAACCCCACUCUCACAAAAGUCGUCUUCAUCCUGCAUUCCCAGGGCGGCAUCGAAGGCGGAAUGAUCAUCGACUGGCUCCUGCAAGAAGUGCCCCAAGACCUCCUCGCAAAACUAGAAGUCUACACCUUCGGCAACGCCGCCAACCACUUCAACAACCCGCACCUGCACCUCCUGAGCCAACACAUGGCGCUGAAAGAACCGUCCCGCAUGUCCCUCACCAGGACCGUCACCAGCGUGCACUACCACGACACCGCACCUCCUUCUACCACUAUCACCGACAGCGGGAUCAGAAGUCCCGGCCUAAACACCACUCCCCGGUCAAGUAAGCAGGAAUCGACCUCAGGGAAGACGAUACGGUAUAUAGAGCACUACGCCCAUACAUCCGACUUCGUCGCCCGCUGGGGCGUCCUGCAUUUCACGUGCAAUUUCUCGCUGUCCCCCUCCGCGCCACGGUUCAUGGGCCGGGUCUUCGAGCGUCAAGGCGAAGGCCACCAGCUUAACAUGCACUAUCUCGACUCGAUGUUCCCCCUCCAGCCCUGCUCUUUCCCUUCGGGUGGAAUCGGGGACAGCGGGUUCACAGGAGCGAUGGAGGAGGGCAAUGAGUUUAUGGAGAGUAUCAUGUCGUUGGGGAUCGAUGGCGAUGAGAAGAGGGACGAGAGAGAGGGCUGGGAAAUGAGUUAUCUAGGUACGCAUGGGGAGCCGUUGAGUGAGGCUGAGAGUGAGGUUUUGGUGCGGGAUAUGAGUCCCGUGAGUCCGGGGACGAUGCGGAAGUUUAAGAAGAAGGUAGAAUUCAAGGUCAAGGAUCUAAGUCGGCUCUGGUUGUACGUCAACGGCAAGAGUCCGCGGGCGGAUGAGACGGAUGUCGGAAUUGCGAGGAUGGCUACCAUUUGAGGCUUCCUCGCGUCCCCCCCCAUCUCUCUAU